AUGUUGUCUCAUAAGACUUUUAGAAUGAAGAAGAAGCUCUUGAAGAAGAAGAGGCAGAAUAGGCCGACCCCGCAUUGGAUUCGCCUGAGAACUGACAACACGAUCGAUACAAGAGAAAGUGCGCAACGUCGCACAAAGCUAGGGUUCUAA